GAGGACGUUAGCGAUUGGCUGGUUCAAAUGUUAAACGCUAUUUAAACGUGAACUAACGCUAACGUUUAGUUUGCGCGGCGACUACGGUUUGAGUUGCAUAGCUGUGGAAACGGACAGCCUGGUGAGUUUGCGAACGAACACCUCCUGUGAUCAUGGCCGACGGCAAAGCUGAGCACUACGAGUUUGAUGCUCCGUGCCACGUCGUUGACUUGAAUGAGCUGGUCAACUCAGAACACGACGACAAGUGGUUUGAACAACAUGAUGGGGCAGCGGAUGGUCAUCUUCUCACUCCAUGUAGACCAGACCAGCUUUUCAGAAGUGAUGAUCCCAGCAUCCCUGUAAUUCAUCAAGUCCAGACAGAUGUGGACUCUGGUCCAAGCAGAUCUACAGCUCCACCUUCAAACAGUGUCGCAUCCUGCAGUGCUCAGACUCAUGCUAAAAAUGAUGCCCGGCCAGUGACGACUACUAAUCAACUCUCUGCACAGCCACGCAGGGUUUCCAAACGUAAAGAGAAGAUUACCACUGGUCCAGCUGUACCGCCUUUAAAGAAAUACAAAAGGAGUCCUGUUGCCCAAAAAUCCAGGAGUGAGCGACUGGAUUUGGGGACUGUACAUGAGCCUCAACCAGCCACUACCAGCUCUGCAAACUCACAGCCAAGUACUUCUGAAGAACAGGAGCUGGAGCGCAUCAGGAACUUGCAGGAAGAAGUGGCUCUACAUCGCAGAAGGAACGAGGCAAACUACAAGGCUGCUCUGGCUGGCGAAGUUCCACAAAAGAAGAUGGUACUGCCCACAACUGUGCCUAAAGACUUCAAUUUCAGCACAGACAACCGUGCUAAGGCUUCUACUUCAUCCAACACAUCCCACAAGGUAGUGGACUUUAUUGGACAGCUCCGCAAACCCUCCUCCCCCGCAAAGGCUAGGAAAGGUGCCACAGUGCCCAAGCCAUUCAACUUGUCAACAGGCAACAAGAGAAAGGUGGGAGAGUCGGAUGUCUACGUGCCCAUGGCUCAGCAGUUAGAGCAGUUCCAGAAGCGAACACCUACCCGCUACCAUUUGCGCAGUCGCAGAAGUCAAGAGAGAGGGCCACCCCGAGAAAAAAGUAACCUGAAGCUCACCCAGCCUCACCCCCCACACCUAGUGACCCAACAGAGGAGCCGGCCACCAACUGUUAAGAGCAGUGCUGAGCUAGAGGCUGAGGAGGUGGAAAAACUUCAGAAUUUUAAACUUAAGGCCCUGGAACUAAACAAGAAGAUCUUGGAGAGUGCAGAGGACCUAAAAAAGCCAGCAGUAAAGGAACCCACAGUACCUGAAUGCUUUGAACUGGAGACUGAAAAAAGGCUCCAGGAGAGACAGGCCACCAAACAGCCUCAGGAAGAGGAGCCCCAUAACUUUAAAGCCAAGCCUCUGCCUAAAAAGAUCCUGGAAGGUGUCAUGGGUUUGCCAGAGAAGAAAGUAGCUGAUCCAACCGUGCCAGAGUCUCCUGCAUUUGCCCUCAAGAAGAGGGUGCGUUUGGACGCCAAGGUUCAGGAAGAAAAACAGAUCCCACCUGUCAAAGCCCUCCCGGUGCCUCACUUGGGCCUCCCCUUCCAGCCCCGACUACCAGGGAACCAUCAUGUGGAGGUCUGCCCUUUCUCCUUUGAAAAGAGGGAACAGGAGAAAAGGGCACUGAAAGAAAAGAGGCUGGAGGAGAAGCAAAAUGAAGAGGUACCACAGUUUAAGGCCCAGCCACUGCCAGACUUUGACACUGUGGUUCUUCCAGAGAAAAAGAAGCAGGAGCCCACAAAGCCUGAGCCCUUUAGACUUCUUGUAGAUGAACGAGGAGCUGUAAAGACCAGUCGCUGGGAAACAAUGGUAAGAGAAGAGCAGACGCAUCAAGAGGAAGCAGCAAUCUUCAAAGCUAAGCCCAACACAGUCACUCAGAAAGAGCCUUUCCGGCCAAAAAAAGAGGGCCGGCCUGGAGUGGUUGUAGAGGCCUUUGAGCUGGCAACAGAGCGACGGGCCCGGGAGUGGCAGGAGUACGAGCAACUGACCAGUGAGAAGGAGGCUCUCAGAGUGCGCAUGGAGGCAGAGCAGCGUCGAGAAGAAGAGCAAAGGGAGAAAGAGGAGAUCACCAGACUGCGCAAAGACCAGGUUCACAAGGCUCAGCCGAUCAGACACUAUAAACCUGUAGCAGUGAAGAAGAGUGACAUUCCUCUCACAGUCCCAGAGUCUCCAAACUUCUCGGAACGCUUCCGCUUGUGAUCUGCUGUUCUUGCUUCACUAAUGAAAUCUGUGCAUUUUACGUCUGCAAAUACUUUUCAGCAUAUUGUUCAUAUUUUUUUAUUUUUAACCCAAAUAAAAUUUGUUACACCACC